UGAAACGGGCUGACGACGUUACGAUUCAUGUUCCAGGACCGGGCCCAUGGAAAAAAGGCUCUGUACAGAACGUUAGUUGGUGGUGUAACGAAUGCAAAAGUUCUGAUAAAGUUAUCGUAGAAAUUAUUGAGAUUUAUGACGAAUUUGAACUUGGGGAUACCGUAUUUUCAGAAGUGCGUGAUAAUCCGGUCGUGGGUAGUUUAUUUUUUAAAAUUGAUAAUAAUUGGAACACUACAAGAUAUAAAGCAUUUGUAUUUCUUUACAGUGAUCAGUUACAGUAUGGAGUGAGCAAAGAAUUUAGUAUUUAUUAA